CUGGGCCUCGCGCUGCUGUAGCCGACAUUUUGUGUGGUUCGCGGGGAGAGGAGGCGCGGUCGCUGGCGAGGCUCUGCCAAGAUGGUGAAACUCUUCAUUGGGAAUCUGCCCCGGGAGGCAACGGAGCAAGAGAUCCGAUCGCUCUUUGAGCAGUACGGGAAGGUGCUGGAAUGUGACAUCAUCAAAAACUAUGGCUUUGUGCACAUCGAAGACAAGACAGCGGCCGAAGAUGCCAUCCGUAACCUGCAUCACCACAAGCUGCAUGGUGUCUGCAUCAACGUGGAAGCCAGCAAGAACAAGAGCAAGGCCUCCACCAAGCUGCAUGUGGGCAACAUCAGCACCACCUGCACUAACCUGGAGCUGCGAGCCAAGUUUGAAGAGUAUGGCCCGGUAAUCGAGUGCGACAUAGUGAAGGACUAUGCCUUUGUGCACAUGGAGCGGGCUGAGGAUGCGGUGGAGGCCAUCAGGGGCCUAGACAACACAGAGUUCCAAGCUUCAAGUGCAGAAGCUCCUUCAGUGUCACCUGGUUGGAGGGACCUUCUCACCUCUGCUUUUGUACAUUGCAAAGCACAAGAAUGGUGAUCAAUAAAUAGCUUUAAUACACUGAAAGUAGCAAGUAACUCAGUAAUUCAAACAAUUAAAUAUUUUUCAGAUUAGCUGGCAAAAGUGCUAUACUUAAAUCUGACCUUAAUACCAAAACCACAAGGAUCCCUACAUUAUGCUCCUUGAAGUAUUGGCUGUUUCACACCAAGAACUCCUUUGUAGUGUCUAUAUUCAGUCUCUUGUCCUACAGUCAAAACUUUGAGUGACAAGUAGACAGUUUCUGGUCUGAAAUGCUCCUUUGCUUUGGGCUAACUGGCAAAUCCACUUUCUUUGUAGUACAUCAUCUACAUCUAGCAUGCAACUACAGCAUUCUUGCUGUGCUAAGGUGCAUGGUAUAAGAAUCUAAAUAGAAUAGAUUGCCUCCUCUGCAAGGAGAAGCUCACUUGUAUGCAAUCAGCUGAGACAUCUUGGCAAAGAAAACUGCCAAAGAAAAAUCUAGCACUGAGUUCCGCAGGACUCACUGAUAUUGAAAACAGAACGGCAAGUUAGUUCUAGGUUAGGUUUGCAGACUAAACAUGCAGCCAAAGUGUUUGCAGUGUGAGAAAUUUCGUGUGUAGCUUUUUCAUUUGAGGUGGAAGAGCAAAUUGCUAUUACAAAACUGUUAAUUAUCCAGAGGCUUAUAGCUAACUUGCAUGGAAAGAUUGCCUUACACAGUUUAGUUAGUGCUUUCAAACUUGACAGUCUAAACUUGCAUAUCAAGAUUGCUGUAAAGGCAUCUAAAUAAGUGGCCUGACAUUCAGAGCAGCUCCCACUGACUUCAGUGUCAGAGGAAAAUGUUUUUCCACAAAACUGACCAUAAGCAAUGGAAAACCACAAGCACACGCAAUAGUUCUACAAUGCUUUGUCCACAGAGCCCAUGACUGCUAUAUCCAUCCUGCUACUUUUUCCCAUCAGGUGCUGCGGGCUUUGUGUUUUAAAAAGGGGGUUAAAGAUCUCUUUGGACAUUGGUAGGAGCCAUCCCCAUGCCCUUUCUGCCAGUUAACUUCUCCUGGUCUCCCCUGUGGCCUGGAUGGUGGGCACGUGGCUCCUUUUUGUUUAGCUGCUCUGCAAAUCGCCUGCCAUAAGAUUGCUGUGGUGUGAGCUUAUUGUACGUAUCUGGUAAUGCCCAGCCUUCACCAGGCCUGGAAAUGGCCAGAGAGUCUAGACCAUUUUGAAUUGUACUUGUGCUACCAAUGUAUGUAACUUUCUUGAACCCUCUUGCUAAGUAUGGUAGUUCAUGCUGUGUUGUGCCUGGUCUGCUCUGACAAUCAUUAUUUGGAUAUCUUCUGAAAAGUCAUCUUGGGAUUUGUCAGGAUGUGUUUCCUUCCGGAGUUCCAUCAAUAACCAUUCCAAGACAGAUACAAUCACUGGAGUUCUUCGGAGUUCUGUCUGUUCUUGGGGCUCUGCAUCGCUUCACGGGGGUAAAUCUUAGUAGACAGUGAGGAGCCAGUAUCCCGUAAAAGCUGACGGGUAAAAUUGUUGGUUUGACUUAUGGGCAGAAUGCUCAAUAAUUGUAGCUGUCUGGUUAGAUGUAGUGAGGGGGUGAAUCGAUCAGCUUGUCUUGAUACAUUUUAAAUCAAGAUUUAAUAUGCUUUGUUUUGUUACAAAUCUUGUGGUUUUCCAUGUGGCAUCAGUUUAUUAUAGCAACCAUUCUUGCGUCUGUUU